GCAGCGGUGAUGGCGCGGCUCCCGGGACCCCUUUUGCUGCUGGGGGCGGCGGGGCUGGCCCUCCUGCCGGGGGGCUACGGCUCCCCCUCACAUUCCUUGCGCUAUUUUUCUCUGGGGGUGUCAGAGCCCAGCCAGGGGCUGCCCCAGUUCCUCUCCAUGGUCCACCUGGACGGACGGCCCAUCGCUCGCUAUGACAGCCUCACCAGGAGGACAGUCCCUCUGGUGCCCUGGAUGGGGGAGCUGGAGAAGAGGGAUCCCAACUAUUGGAUUCAGGAGACAGAGACUUUGCAGGCCACAGAGAGAGAGUUCAGGGCUGACCUGGAGUAUGUGGGAAGAUGCUACCACCAGAUUGGAGGGCUUCACACCUGGCAGGCGAUUUGGGGCUGUGAGCUCAGGGAAGACGGGAGCAAUCGGGCCUAUUUGGACUACAGCUAUGACGGGAUGGACUUCAUCAGCUUCAACAAGGAGACCCUCACCUGGGUGGCAGGAGAGGCUCGGGCCCAAAUCCUCAAGCGGGUGUGGGAUGCCAACCUGGAGGAGUGCCGCAGAAAGAAAGUCUACCUGGAGGAGACCUGCACUGAGCGGCUUCAGGGAUACCUGACCUAUGGGAGGGAGGCUCUGGAGAGGAGAGAGCCCCCAGUGGGGAAGGUGACCCGCAAGGCGGUUAGCGACAACGUGGAGACCCUCAUCUGCCAGGCCUAUGGCUUCUACCCCAAGGAGAUCCAGGCCACCUGGAGGAGGGAUGGGGAGGUCUGCAAGUACGAGACCUUCCGUAGGAGCGUUGCCCCCAACUCGGACGGGACCUAUUAUGUCUGGCUCAGCAUUGAGAUCGACCCCGAGGAGAGGGACCACUUCAAGUGCCACGUGGAGCAUGCUGGCUUGCAGGAGCCCCUGGUCGUGGCCUGGAAGGAGGAGACGGGUGAGAGGCUGAGCCUGAGGGUUGAAGUAGGGUGAAGGGGAAUGUUCACU